CGUCACCACCCGGAAGUUCCAGCACAUACACUCUGGAUGUACGUUGUUCUCGGAGGCUGGUCAUCUUUUGUUCGCGUUUUUCUCUGAAACACAGCCAAAACUGUCGUGCGUUUUGUGGUGGAGUGUCGUUAUUUGCGGGAUUACACAGCGCAGGUCCACUCUUGUGCUUCAGUUUGUGGCUAAAAUGCGUUACGAUCGUUCGUGUUAGCUGGCGAGCUAACGAGCCUGCUAGCAUCGAAGCUUGUUUUGAUUAUUAAUGUGUAGAGUACCGACGCUGCCGUAGAUCAGAGCCCGGCAUAUUUUAUCUACUCCUUAACAAAAAUCAAAUCAAGGGGAUUUAUUAGUUAAAAAACCCGCAUAGAGGUAGAUAUUAUCUUUAACGCGGGUAGCGCACGAGCUAAUUGGUUAGCAAACGUCAGUCGGCGCUCAGCCCGGGGGCGUCUGUUCUGGUUCCCCCUGAAGAGUGGACGUUUUCCGAGCUUGAAAAGCUCUCUGUGAACCGGAGCCAAUGCGUGGGAUGAUGGGGACUCAGAGUAGCCCUGUAAAGAGUUACGAUUACCUCUUGAAAUUUCUCCUGGUGGGGGACAGCGACGUGGGGAAGGGAGAGAUCUUGGACAGUUUGCAGGACGGGUCGGUGGAGUCUCCGUAUGCCUACAGCAGCGGGAUCGAUUACAAAACCACUACGAUUCUUCUGGAUGGGAGAAGAGUGAAGUUGGAGUUGUGGGACACAUCAGGACAAGGAAGAUUCUGUACUAUCUUCAGAUCUUACUCUCGUGGAGCACAGGGCAUCCUUCUUGUGUAUGACAUUACCAAUGGCUGGUCAUUUGAUGGCAUCGAUCGUUGGAUUAGAGAAAUUGAUGAGCAUGCCCCAGGAGUGCCCAGGAUCCUCGUGGGAAACCGGCUCCACCUGGCUUUCAAGCGACAGGUGCCGACCGAGCAGGCCAGAGCGUAUGCAGAGAAGAACAGCAUGACUUUCUUCGAGGUCAGUCCACUCUGCAACUUCAACGUCAUCGAGUCGUUCACCGAGCUCUCCCGCAUCGUGCUGAUGAGGCACGGGAUGGAGAAGUUCUGGAGGCCCAACAGAGUGUUCAGCCUGCAGGAUCUGUGCUGCCGAUCGAUCGUCUCCUGCACGCCGGUGCACCUCAUCGACAAACUGCCCCUCCCCGUGGCCAUAAAGUCUCACCUCAAGUCCUUCUCCAUGGCCAACGGCAUGAACGCCGUCAUGAUGCACGGACGCUCGUACUCGGUGGCCAACAGCGCGGCCUCGGGAGGCAGUGGCGGCGGGAGCAAAGGGAACAGUCUGAAACGCUCAAAGUCCUUCAGGCCCCCACAGAGUCCUCCGAAGAACUCCUCGCUGUCCUCGAAGGGGAACUGUAAGAUCUCAUAGUGAAGGAGUCUCCCACCGCCAGCCUCUGCCGGGCUAGUAUUAAGUGUUGUUGCUCCAAGAGGUCAUCAGGCCAGGGGAAAGCAAGGAGAGCUGGCAGCACCGUUCAUCUGAAACAGAUAUAGCUGUGAACUUACCUUGACCUUUGGGGACUGGUUGGAUGGGUUUCUGUUCUCUUUGCGCUUACGGGUGCCAUCUUGUGGAUGUUCGUUUACCUGUACCCUUCACUACGGGGGCUCACUGUGACCACGCCGGACAAGAUUUUCACGGGAUCAGCGGAUGUGAACGGAGGAUUAUUGCUCACCUGUCAACACUACAAACGAGCGGAUGCACAACGACUCGCUUUCAUGUGCAAAAGGAUUGUUUUUCCUGGUAUUUAAAGUCGGACUCGAAGCUGUAAAUAUACUGUUUGUGUUGUUCUUGUUCUGUGUUUCUGUGCGUGGGGGGGGCGGGGGCGAGCUUUUAAUACUCGUUUGGUCUUGAAUUAUUUUUGGAGGUCUGCUUUUUGAUGUCGUGUGUCUUCUGCCUUUUUAUAUCCCAUUGAGAAACGACUCCACAACCCGGCGGGUGGCGAGCCACCGAUUCAAAACCAGAGACGAGUCAUGUGUUAAAUAAGUCCGGCCUGAAUCGAAUGUCACCAGAAGAGCAGAUGCGGUCUCCCAGACGGGCUCCAGGGGAAGAAAAAAAAACUAGGG